AUGGAGAGAGAAGAUGAGGUUGACCAACUAGAUGUGGAGAUGCAACAACUUGCUAUGUUUGCUUCAAAUGACCCCACAACUUUUGAAGAGGCUGCUAAGAGUCCGAUUUGGAGAAAAGCUAUGGUCCAAGAAAUACAAGCUAUUGAGAGAAUGGAGGGGUUUGAAAGAUGCUUGAGUGAUCACACACUUUUCACAAAGAACUGUGCAGGUGGAGGUAUUCUAAUAAUCAGCUUGUAUGUCGAUGACUUUAUUUUCACAGGAAACAAUGAGCAUAUGUUUGAAAAGUUCAAAAGUUCGAUGAAAGAAGAGUUUGAUAUGUCUCAUCUUGGUUGCAUUAAGUACUUUCUUGGAGUGGAGGUGGUGCAAAACUCUAUUGGAAUUUUCAUAAGCCAAAAGAAGUAUGUCAAUGAGGUACUGGAAAGAUUUGGAAUGGAACGUCUUAAUUCCGUGAAAAAUCCUAUUGUUCCUGGAAGUAGGCUUGCUAAGGAUGAAGGAGGCAUUAAGGUUGAUUCCACUACUUUCAAGCAAAUGGUGGGCAACCUUAUGUAUUUAACUGCCACCAGGCCUAAUCUAAUGUAUGUAGUGAACUUGAUAGCUCGUUUUAUGGAGGUCCCAACGGUGUUGCAUCAACAAGCAUUGAAGAGAGUGUUUCGAUACUUGAAGAGAACAACUGAGCUGGGAAUACUCUACAAGAAAGGAGGAGAAGAGAGCUUGUUUGCCUAUUCAGAUAGUGACUAUGCUGGUGACCUUGAUGGUCGCAAAAGCACCUGCUAUGUUUUUAAAAUGAGCUCUGGAGCUGUAGCAUGGAGUUCCAAAAAGCAACCAAUUGUGUCACUUUCCACCACUGAAAGCGAAGUUCAUUGUUGCUGCUGCAUGUGCUUGUCAAAGUGUGUGGAUGCAGCGAGUUCUUGGGAAGCUUGGCCUUAA